UUCUUAAUAUGCAUAUCCAAGGUCAAAGCAGACCUGCUGGUAAUUCACCUAAACUCAAGCUCUGAACAUGAAAAACUGAGUGACCAAGCAGAGCAAAGUAGCCCUAAUCUAAUCUAACAUCAUCCCAUGCCCCCUGAUGAUGCUCCAAGGAUCCAAAAUGCAAAGUACCCAACUAUAAAUCUUUGCUAUGUUUAUCUCAGACUCAGUGUGAAUGUCAAAGUAUCGGGGUGGGAGUGGAUUUGUUAUCAGCAGCCUCACAGUGAAAUCUGGUCAAAGUGCACUGGAGUGAACUAUGUGGAAGCGGACUACGCUCAUCCAUUUAAAUUACGCCGCCUGGAAUCAACUCCAAUAAGGUUGGAAGAAUGACUAAAGAAAAAACCCAGAUGAAGGAGUUCAUAGAAGCUCUUAGCGUUCUGCAGUUGGUCCUGAGUUUUCUCUUCUUAGGACUGGCCUGCAUUAUCUUGAUGGUGAGUCUCAUGUUUACGUCUCUGUGGCUGCUGCCCACUCUUUGCUUCGUGUGGCUGGUGGCUGACUGGCAAACUCCAGAAAGAGGGGGCAGAAGAACAACAUUUGUGAGGAAUUGGAAGGUCUGGCAGCAGUUCAGAGAUUUUUUUCCAGUAAAACUGGUGAAGACAGCAGACCUGAAUCCAAAUAAAAACUACAUCUUUGGCAGUCAUCCACAUGGUAUCAUGUGUGUUGGAGCCUUUGCAUGUUUCAGCACAGAGAGCUGCGGAUUUGCUGAGACGUUUCCUGGACUUCAGGCCACCCUGGCGAUACUAGCCGGCCUCUUUAAGAUACCGCUGUUCAGAGAAUACCUCAUGUGUGCAGGUCUGUGUCCAGUCAGCAAACCCAGCCUUGUCCACCUCCUCUCCAAAAGCGGGAAAGGAAACGCCGUAGUGAUCGUGGUUGGGGGAGCUGCAGAGUCUCUGGCAUCCUCUCCUGGAAUCAACAGAGUGGUCAUGAGGCAGAGGAAAGGAUUCGUCAGGACGGCUCUGGAGCAUGGAGCAGAUCUGGUGCCCGUUUACUCGUUUGGGGAGAACGAACUGUUUCAGCAGGUGAUUUUAUCAGAGGGCAGCCUGGGUCGCAGGCUGCAGGAUCUGUUUAAAAGCAUAAUGGGUUUUGCUCCAUGUCUGUUUGUGGGUGAGCGCUUUGCUCUGCUGCCCUUCAGGAAACCAGUCACUACCGUUGUUGGGAGUCCAAUCUCGGUGCCCAAAUGUGUGACUCCGACGGAUGAGCAGGUUGACCACUAUCACAGGCUCUACAUGGAGGCCCUGACCAAAUUAUUUCAUGAACACAAGGUCAGCUGUGGACUUCCUGAGAGCCACAAGCUUGAGAUCAUUUAGACUCUUCUCAACCAAAGAUCGUUUUUAACGGGCACUGAUGUGAAAUGACCAGAGCAGAUGAAGGCUGGGACCCUGAACCCCUGGAGAAGAUUAGAGGAGAUCAAAUCCGCCUUGUUUGAUG